CCGUUCUUUAACUGCGCGGUCACGUGACGGGGCCAGAGCGUCACGUGACGGAGAAGUGGUGGCCGGUGGCGGGGAUGGAGGCGCCUUCCGAGUCCGAGAGUUCGGGGCCCGGCGGGACGGGGCCGGCGGUCGGGUCCUUCCAGCCCAGCGAGCACCAGCAUGUCCGCUACAACCCCCUGCGGGAUGACUGGGUGCUGGUGUCCGCCCACCGGAUGAGGCGUCCCUGGCAGGGGCAGGUGGAGAAACCCCCGCAAGAGGAUGUCCCUCGCUGUGACCUGUCCAACCCGCUGUGCCCUGGAGCAGCACGAGCCAACGGGAAGGUGAAUCCGCAGUACACGAGCACGUUUGUCUUCGACAAUGACUUCCCAGCACUGCAGCCGGAUGCCCCGGAACCUGACGCCUGCAACCACCCCUUGUUCCGAGCUGCGUCUGCCCGAGGAGUUUGCAAGGUCAUGUGCUUCCAUCCUUGGUCUGACCUGACACUGCCACUCAUGUCGCUGGCAGAGAUCCGGGCAGUGAUUGACAAGUGGGCGGAGCUCAUGGUGGAGCUGGGUGCUUCUUAUCCCUGGGUACAGAUAUUUGAGAACAAAGGGGCCAUGAUGGGCUGCUCCAACCCUCACCCUCACUGCCAGGUCUGGGCCAGUAACUUCCUCCCCAACGAAGCCCGGCUGGAGGACCGGACGCAGCGGCAGCACCUCCAGGAGCGCGGCGUGCCCUUGCUGCUGGAGUAUGCCCGGCUGGAGGCCCAGAGGAAGGAGCGGCUGGUGGUGGAGAACGCGGACUGGCUGGUGGUGGUCCCCUAUUGGGCUGUGUGGCCUUUCCAGACCCUGCUCCUGCCCCGCCGUCACGUCUGCCGCCUCCAGGAGCUCAGCGACGGCGAGAGAGACAGUCUGGCCUCCAUCAUGAAAAGGCUCCUCACCAAGUACGACAACCUCUUUGAGAUUUCCUUCCCCUACUCGAUGGGCUGGCAUGGCGCCCCCACGGGGCCUCACUUGGGAGCAGACUGUGGGCACUGGCAGCUUCACGCCCACUACUACCCGCCCCUCCUCCGCUCGGCCGCUGUCCGCAAGUUCAUGGUGGGCUACGAGAUGCUGGCGCAGGCUCAGCGGGACCUGACGCCAGAGCAGGCCGCCGAGCGCCUGAGGACUCUGCCCGAGGAGCAUUACAGGGUGAGGCCGCGUGAGGCGGCGUGACGAGCGGUGCCGGCCAAGGAGGGGAGCUGGCACGUUGCAGAGGGGCCACCGGCCGCAUGCGGGACUCGGUUCCUUUGUUUUGCCGGCCAGUGGGAAUUGAGCUGGGGGGCUGGUGGGCAGAGCACGGUGGAGUCUCUUGGACAGGCCGCUUUGGGGGCAAUAGUCAGCACUCAGGGCGAGGCUGAGACCGGCAAACUCGUGUCAGGCGACUGGCUGGGUGAGCUCCCCACAGCCUCAGAGCUGGGUCUCUGGGGGCUGUCACCCCAUGGGAGCUCCCGGGCUGCAGCGGGUGGAGAGCCAGUGGCAGCUGCCUGUGUCAGCAGCGGGGAGGGGAGGGCUGUGGUAUACAUUGAAAGGGUGCUCCGGAGGGGGUCAGGGAGUGACGUGUGUCACCCAGUAACCCCCGUGGGCUCCUGGCUCCCGUGGGCGUCAGCAAGGGGCCUGGUUCUGGCUUGUGGGAGGCAGGGGAGUGGCGGGGAGCGGUCCAGAGUCCCUGGCCCUAUGAGUCACUGUGACUGCUGCAGAGGGACAAAUUCUCUGUAGCUUUUCUAAGCCUUUGAUGCCCACAGUUCCAGUCCCACACAUGCCAAGCCCAGUGCCAGCACCUGCCCCACUGCUGGGCUCAGAAAGCCUCAUGUCUGAUGGGGUUUGGCCCCUCACUCCCACCCUUUGCCCCUGCCGCCCCCCUGCUGUCGUGUGCCAUGGCUGUGGUUGCUCUCCGUGGUGCCGCCUGUGGACACUUGGCUUUUCAGUCGCUUCAAUAAAACCGAAAACCGAAGCAAUGCUGCCUCCUGCU